AUGGGAACCAAGUAUUCCAAGGCAACAACUUACAUAACUGAUACGAUGAGUUAUCACGUUCCCUAUGAAAGUUUUCGAGUUCCUUUUGUAGCUUUGCAGGAAGCAACUAACAAUUUUGAUGACAAGUUUCUCAUUGGAGAGGGAGGAAUUGGGAAGGUUUACAGGGGUGUCUUGUGUGAUGGCACAAAUGUCGCCUUGAAAAGGCGUAAGGCAGAGUCCGAUGAAGAUCUUCAAGAGUUCCAAACAGAAAUUGAGAUCCUCACGCAGUUCCGCCAUCCGCAUCUGGUUUCAUUGAUUGGAUACUGUGAUGAAAAUAAUGAGUUAACUCUAAUUUAUGAGUACAUGGAGAAUGGGAACCUCAGGAGACAUUUAUAUGGCUCAGAUCUACCCAGUAUGAGCUGGGAGCAGAGGCUGGAGAUAUGCAUCGGGGCAGCCAGAGGUCUGCACCACCUUCAUACUAGCAGAGUUAUACAUCGUGAUGUCAAGUCUAUAAACAUAUUGCUUGAUGAAAAUUUUGUGGCAAAAAUUACUGAUUUUGGAGCAUCCAAGAAAGGGACUGAGCCUGAUCAAACCCAUGUUACCACAAUCGUAAAGGGAACUUUGGCUUACCUUGACCCUGAAUAUUAUCGAAGUAGUCAGGUGACAGAAAAAUCUGAUGUUUAUUCUUUCGGUGUUGUUUUAUUAGAAGUUCUUUGUGCUAGGCCUGCCAUGGAUUCAUCUCGUUCGAGGGAGAUGUUCAGCUUAGCUAAAUGGGCAAUGGAGUGUCAGAAGAACGGACAGUUGGAACGAAUUAUAGAUCCCAAUCUUGUUGGCAAAAUAAGACCAGAUUCCCUCAGGAAGUUUGAGGAAACAGCGGUGAAAUGUUUAGCUUUGUCUGGUGAAGAUAGGCCAUCAAUGGGUGAUGUACUGUGGAAACUGGAGUAUGCACUUUGUCUCCAAGAGCCUAUCAUUCAAGAUGAUCCUGAAUGAUUCUUUGUUAGUGGAUCAUUUAAAGAUUUAUUUUUUGUUUUUUGUAACAGUCUU